AUCGCGGCAAGCCUACCAUACAGACAUUUGAACUUGCCGUCAGAGAUUGAAGUGAAAUAUAAAAUCGCAGAGUGUUAUACUAUUCUGAAGCUGGAUAAAGAUGCCAUAUCCGUGCUGGAGGGAAUCCCUUCACGCCAGAGAACGCCAAAGAUCAACAUGAUGCUGGCGAAUCUUUACAGGAAGGCCGGUCAGGAGCGUUCAGCCGUCACAAGCUAUAAGGAGGUGUUGAGACAGUGUCCUCUGGCUCUUGAUGCUAUUAUUGGGCUUCUGUCUCUAUCGGUGAAGGGGGCAGAGGUCGCUUCCAUGACGAUGGACGUGAUUCAGAGCAUCCCGAAUCUUGAUUGGCUGUCUGUCUGGAUUAAAGCACAUGCUUUCACACACGGAGGGGACAAUCAGAGAGCCAUCAACACUAUCUGCUCUUUGGAGAAGAAGUCACUCUUGAGGGAUAACGUUGAUCUUUUAGUCACUCUGGCGGAUGUGUACUUCAGGGCUGGAGACACCAAAAACUCCAUCCUGAAGUUUGAGCAGGCACAGAUGCUCGACCCUUACCUGAUCAAAGGUAUGGAUGUAUACGGCUAUCUUAUGGCUAGGGAGGGUCAUCUGGAAGAUGUGGAGGUUCUCGGAGGACGAUUGUUCAACAUAUCUGACCAGCAUGCUGAGCCCUGGGUCAUAUCUGGAUGUCACAGUUUCUACAGUAAGCGUUACUCUCGUGCCCUGUAUCUGGGAGCUAAAGCCAUCCAGCUGAACAGCAACAGUGUGCAGGCGCUGCUCCUGAAGGGGGUGGCGCUGAGGAACAUGGGCCGAGUGCAGGAAGCCAUCAUACACUUCAGAGAAGCCAUGAGACUGGCGCCCUGUCGUCUGGACUGCUAUGAAGGUCUGAUUGACUGCUAUCUUGCCUCUAAUGGUGUCCGGGAGGCUAUGGGAAUGGCCAACAAUAUUUACAAGACCCUGGGAGCGAACGCCCAAACUCUCACCAUCCUGGCCACAGUUUGUCUGGAAGAUCCCAUGACCCAGGAGAAGGCCAAGACUCUGCUGGACAAAGCCCUCGCUCAGCGGCCCGACUAUAUCAAAGCUGUCGUGAAGAAAGCAGAGCUCCUCAGUCGAGAACAGAAGUAUGAGGAAGGAAUAGCACUUCUACGGAACACUUUAGCCAAUCAGAGCGACUGCGUGCUGCACAGGAUGCUGGGGGAUUUUCUCGUAGCUGUUAAUGACUAUCAGGAGGCCAUGGACCAGUACAGUAUAGCGCUAAGCCUCGAUCCGAAUGACCAGAAGUCUCUGGAGGGCAUGCAGAAGAUGGAGAAGGAGGAGAGUCCCACAGACGCCACGGUGGAGCUGGACGGGGACGAUAUGGAGGGCAGUGGGGAGGAGGGAGAUCUGGAGGGCAGCGACAGCGAGGCGGUGCAGUGGGCCGAUCAGGAGCAGUGGUUCGGCAUGCAGUGACCCUCAGCACUCAUUAAGAGACUCUUCCGAAAAACAUCCACACUCAUGGAUUUUGAUGUGUGAGAGUGGAGAGAUGCCAUUAUUGCUCACUGCUGCUGUCUAGUGGUGAGUUACGAACACUGACUUUAUUCGGAUUUGUGGAUGACAUUUGGAUUUGUUUGGUAGCUUGUCCUUAAAGUUUCCAGUUUUGUCAUAUCCAAAGAUUAUCUUUCUCAUACAGCACUACACAGAUUCAGUCUGUCGCCAGCUUGGCCACAAGGAUGGUAUAAUCUUUUUUUCAACAUACAGUGCUGCUGAUGUUGGACUAAAUACACAAAUGAUUCACUCUUAAUGUAUUUUCUAACAGUUUUUAAGCAUCAUGGGCCUCACUUUUGCUGUUUUGGGUUAAACACAGGACUAGGCAACUGUGCUACUUAUUUUUCAUAAAGGUGUCAGAUCUGUCAUUUGUUUUGCAUGCUCUAAGCUUUUUUCAGUAAAAGUGAUUGUUAGAGACGUCUUUUAAAUGAACCACAAUCACACAAAAUCUUUGUUUUUUUUCUGAUCUGGUGUGUAAUGAAAACAUGUCAAAGUCGUAUAUCAUGCCAAAAUCUAAAAGAAAAUGUUUUGUGUAGAAAAUGAAUCCUGUUAGGAAUUUCACAUUUUUAUGGCAUUUAAGUACAUUUCACCCAUUCAUUAAUGCUCAUUCAGUGUGGUGAUUUCUAUUAAGAUAAUGCAGCGAUACUAUUUAAAUGUUUUUUUUUUUUGCUUUGAUGAAAAUGUAUUAAGAGAUUUAUUACUUAUGCAAAAGUGGGGGGGGGGGGUUUCCCCUUUUGGUUUUGGUGUGAAUAACUCAUAUAAAUUCAUUUCUGUAGCCCUAUGUGCAUUCUUUUUUUUUUUCCUUUUCAUUGUCUUGUUUCUGUAUUGUUGUAAAUAAGGCUAUUUUUAAAUGUUUUUGAAUUAAAAUCAUGGCAUGAAAAAUGUUGACGUGCUCAAUGUUACUAAACAGAAUAUCUCUUUUCCUCAUACAAAAUCGUGUUGACAAGGUAAAGAAACAGCAGUGCAACCAUGUAAUAUCAUUUUAUUAACCACAAGUCUUUGUGAUAAUUACAACACUGAUUCGGCAGCGCCCGCUCUCCGUUGUCAUGGGCACUGCUGUAAAACACCGCCUGUCUCUCAAUGUCACACACACACACACCUAACACCUGAAAUGAACCUCUGCUUUAAAACAUAUUGCACAACCCUGUGCAAAGCAACAAGAACAAUCAGUUUUGGUUAAUUUUUUCACUAAUGGCAUCUUUUUGUCUUUUCAAAUGAAAUAUUGCAGUGCUAUACAAGUUUCUAACAAAAGGGGACAUGCAGCAUGAAAACUGCUGUAAUGUUUAAUGCAUUGUGGGGGGGUUUUUCUGUCCAAAUUUCACUGGCUUCAGACGGGUUCAACCUGAAAUAUCAGGUCUUAAUUUUUCCACUCCUAAUGUUUGAGCUUCUUCUAAACUAAUGACACAAAUUCUUAGGUUUUAGCACAGUUGACAUGCAGGCCUAGAAAGAUGUGUGGAGCUGCCGAAAACAACAUGCACUAAAGUCAAGAAAACCUCACAGCUUCUGCAAGGAAUACAGAGAGCGGAUUGGCUUAAUCAUCCCGAGCUGGAGAGAGAGAGAGAAAGAGAGAUGGCAAAAUAAGGACACAUUUGAAAACAAAUAAAACACAACGAUACUGUAUACAUAAAGAAAUGUGAUGUCAUGCAACUAUAGCUAGACAUUAAAUGCCUCUUUACAGAGUUACAUAUAGCUCCUUUAGAAACAUUGUAGAGACAGUUGCAUGACGUCAGUCAAUCUGAUGCAGGCAGCAGUACAAACAAACAUGAGGUUGUGAAUGUGUAUUAUGUGAGCAGUACUCACUCGCUGAUGCACACAGGACAAAAUUAUUCAUUUUAAUAGCUAAUUUAAUCAUGCAUGUCUGUUGGGCACCUGCAGUAAGACACUUUUACAAGAGAACUGAUUAUUAUUAUUUUUAAAGGAGGAAAAAAAAAAUUUGGACCCCUAAUGAAUAAAUUGUGCCAUUUAUAGAUGUAAAGAGAUCCCGUGUAAUAAUGCCAGGGUUUUAAUCUCAGAAUUCAUCCUAGAUAUAACAAA